GGGCCGGGGAGGCGGGCGGCGAUGGCCUCCCGGGAUCUCUGAGCGGUGCCCAGCGGGGCCCGAGGCGGAAGGGUCAGUCCCGGUGCCCCCCGGCUGCCCGGUGGGGCAAAGCGACUGGAACGGGUUGGAAGGUGAGGACGUGCCGGGGCGAGCCAUGGAGGAGGCGGCGGAGGCUGCGGGGCCCGCGGCGGCGGUGGACCGGCGGGUGGCGAGCGCCACGCUGACCUGGCGGCAGAGGCCGCCGGGUCCAGGCCGGGAGGAGGUGAGGCACCGGCUCCAUAAGGUUUCACUGGUGAGCGGCGGGGUGGACGGCGGGCCCGGGCCCGGGACCGAGGCCGGAGUCCGGCCGCCCUCGGUCUACGAGUACUCCCGGCACCGAGAGGUGGUGAACGGCGUGACCACCAAGGACGAGGAGAGCGAGAGCUACCGGGGUCCUCAGGGCGAGGAGCCUCAGGGGACCCUGGCCCGGGACCCCUCCCCUGAUCCCCGAAGGAAAUUUCUCAGCCACGGGCCCAUCUUCUCCAAGAUGUUCACGCCCCUACCCAAGGGCAAGAAGCCCACGGGGCACCCAGAGACGGGGGGCGACGGCGGGGCCCCGGCCCAGCGCGCCCCCGGACACGACGCCUCGGGCCCCGAGAUUGGCUCUCAGGCGGAACCCCCGGGAGCCGGUACUUGGGGGGCUGGCCGCGGCAUCCCCCGGUCCCUAAACCCGGCCCUGGGCUGCCAGGCCGAGAGGAGGGUGACGCGCACGGUCCGCACCACGACCAUCGCGGGGGCCCAGAUGGAGAGCCACGUGUCCACCUCGGUGACGUCGAGCCCGGCGCCAGCCGGAGGACUGCCGCGGGGCCGCCACGUGUCCCGCACGGUCCGCACGUUGACCGUGGUGACCCCCCAGCCCGGCGCUCCUGCCGCCCGCCCCUCCAGCCCCGGCCGCCUCCCCCGCUCCCCCAGCCGGAGCCAGGCUCUGGAGAUCAUCAGCACUUUGGUCCCGGGGGCACCGCCGGACCCCGGGCCCACCAAGCCUGGAGGCCCCGCCAGUCCCCACGGCACGAGGCCGAGCCGGCUGCCCCGCGCCGUGGCCUGCCCCGCGGAGGGUGGGUCGCGCCCGCCCAGCUCCCGAGGAGCGGCUGGGCACUCGGAGGGCGCAGGAGGGGUAGUGCCGGUCAUCGUGGUCCUCCCCCCGCCUGAGGCCCCCGGGGUCGCAGGGAGAGAGGAAGGUGGCGAUGAACCAGAGGCCGCAGGGGAGACGGCGGCCGGGCGGACAGACGUGGACGCCGACCCCGGGGCCUGCUCCCGCAAAGGGGCGAACUCGACACGCGGCGUGGUGUCUGCCAGAGACCAGCCACGGGAGGUCCGCCGCAGUGCAGCUAAAUCUCGGGGCGGCCCCUCGGGGUCCCCUCUCGUUGGCUCAGCCCCCCAGAAGCGGGGCCAGACCCCCAGGGAGGACGGCCCUAGGGAGACUGAGGCUCAAAUCUCCCCUGGAGGCGGAGGGGGUCCGUCUCCCACAGGCCCCGAGGACGUAGAACCCCCUUGCUCCCCUGAAACAAGCCCCAGGUCCCCAACCCCUAUUGACCGCCCCCCUAGGGCGAGCCCCCCGACUCCAGCUACCUGCUCCAAGGGGGCAAACUCUUCUCCUCCUCCCUCGGCUGGAUCCCCAAGGUCAAGCACCCCUCCCCACACUGACCAACCUCGGGGAGUGAGCCCCCCGUCCCCCGCUGCCCAAACCCAAGAGGUCAGCCCCCCGGCUCCAACAGCCGACCCCCAGGAGGGGAGCCCUCCUCCCGGCACUGUCCACCCCCAAGAGGCGAGCCCCACGCCCCCAGCUGCGGGCCCCCAGGAGGGGAGCCCCCCAUCUCCCUCUGCCCCCCACCCGGGGGAAAAUGAGGCUCCAGACCCAGCCUCCGGGUCCACCACAGAAAGGCUCCCCGGGCCGAGCGACCCCUUGGCCCCGGCCCCGGCGGGACCAUCGGCCUCGGCGCCAACAGGACCCCCGGCCACGGCCCCGAAGGAACCCCCGGCCCCGACCCCGGCCGGACCCCCGGUGACCGGAUCCCAGCAAGAGGUGGUGGCUGCGGAUGACGAGGCGGCGCUGACGGCCGACCUGGAGCUGUUUGUGGACACCCUGCGCAGCAUGGAGACCCCCGAGAUCCUCCGCACCCACAAGCUGCCCCGCGCGCCCCGUUCCUCCUACCUGGCCGUGUACGCCACGCUGCCCGCCAUCGAAGAGGACCAGGCCGGCCCGCAGUCCUUCAACCCCCACGCCUCUGUGGGCCCCGUUGGCCAGGAGCGGGAGCCGGUGGAUCCGGAGGAGCCGGAGGAGCCGGAGAACCCUUACCUGAGCGACGACGAGAAGCUACAGCGGCGGCAGAAGGCCCAGGGGGCCCAGCAGCCUUUCGUCUGGGAGAGCCGGCCCCUACGGCCGGCCCAGGAGAACCCCUCCCCACUGGAGAUGAUGAAGAGGCACACGGCGGCGGCGGCCGACAGGACCGGGGAGCCCGGGGGUCCGGCCCGGCCCGGGGCCCUGAAGGCUUCGGAGCUGCUGGCCGAGCGGCUGGAGAAACGAGUCAGCUUUCCCUCCCGGCUGGGCAGCAGUAUCCUCUUCGGGAGCCUCCAGGCCCCCGGGGAGGGCGGUCCGGGCUCCGAGCCUCCCCCUGCGACCCCUGCACCUCCUGCGCCCGCCAGGCCCACCGCCCCGGAGACCCUGGGUGCCAAGCUCUCUGCCCUGCAGCCCCACAAGGUUCCCGCCCUGAAGAAGUCCCCGGGGCAGAUGCCCUUACUCUCUGAUGGCCAGGAGCCCAGGAAGUCAGUGCCACCGCCGGCCAAGGCUUGGAGCUACAAGAAGAAGGAGCAAGGGAAGCUGAACCCAAGGCCCGGGAAGAUUGUCCUGUUCUCAGAGCCAGGGUUCCGAGGGACGCGGCGUGAGAUCUGGGGGGACGUGGCCGAUGCCACCUCCUGGCCCCUGUGCCAGGCCAUCUCCAUGCGGGUGGUGCGAGGAGGGUGGGUGAUGUAUGAGGAACCCCAGUUUCGGGGCCGGAAGCUGGCCCUGGUUGAGGGAGACGUGGAGCUGGCAGAGCCGUGGGGACCCCGGAGCCCCGCCCGCAUCGGCUCCCUACGCCGGGUGGUCACGGACUACAGCAUCCCUGAGAUCAGCCUGUUCACGGAAGAGGCCGGCGGGGGGACCCAGGUCACAUUGACUGGUCCCUCGGAUGACCCCCGGGGCCAGGGUCCGCCUCUCCCGGGGGCUUCCAUCAUCGUCUCAGCCGGACUGUGGCUGCUCUAUUCCAAACCCUCCUUUGCCGGUCACCCCCACGUCCUGGAGCCCGGGAACUACCCCAACCCGGAGGCCUGGGGGGGCUCGGAACCCCACGUCGGCUCCCUGCAACCCGUGAGACUGGGCUGUCCCACCGUGGAGAAGUCCGGGGAGCCCAAGGCCGUGGUGUUUGAGGGCCCCAACUUCGAAGGACCGAGCUGGGCCGUGAGCCGGGACAUCUACCACCUCCGGAAGCCCGAGGACGAGCAGAGCCCCCGGGUGGCCACGGCGGGUUCCCUACGCAUCCUCGGGGGCUGCUGGGUUGGCUAUGAGAAGGAGGGCUUCCGGGGCCACCAGUACCUGCUGGAGGAGGGUGACUACCCAGACUGGACCAGCUGGGGCGGCUUCGACGAGGCGCUGGCCUCCCUGCGGCUCAUCCGGACGGACUUGGCCGACCCAGCCGUGGUCCUCUUCGAGGCCAUGGACUUUGAGGACGGGCCCAGCGUGGAGCUGAGCGAAGCCCUGCCCGACGUGGAGCUGGCCAACUACGGCCCCGUCACCCAAUCCAUCCACGUGCUUAGCGGCGUGUGGGUGGCCUAUGAGCACGUGGACUUCUCGGGAGAGCAGUUCGUGCUGGAGAAGGGGGUCUACCGCAACUGCGACGACUGGGGGUCUGGCAGCGGCACCAUCAACUCCCUGCAGCCCAUCCUCCAGGUUGGGGAGCACAAUCUGCACUUCCUCUCCAAGAUCCAGCUCUUCUCCGGCCCCGACUUCCUGGGCGAGCAGGUGUCGUUUCAGGAUGACCAGCCGGCUCUCCCCUUCCAGCCCCAGUCUUGCCGCGUGCACGGCGGCAGCUGGAUCCUCUUUGACGAGACGGAGUUUGAAGGCGAUCAACACAUGCUGUCAGAGGGCGAAUACCCGACCCUCACGGCCAUGGGUUACUUCGCCUCCGCCACGCCACGCUCGCUCAGGAAGGUGCCCGUGCACUUUUCAGAGCCGUCCAUCUUCCUGCACGGCCUCGAGUGCUUCGAGGGGAAGGAGAUCGAGCUGAACCACGAGGUGCGGAGCCUGCAGGCCGAGGGCUUCAAUAACCACGUGCUGUCAGUGCGCGUCAAGGGCGGAGUGUGGGUCCUGUGUGAGCACAGUGACUUCCGUGGACGGCAGUGGGUCCUGGACUGCACCGAGAUCACCAACUGGCUCACCUUCAGCGGCACCCAGAAGAUCGGCUCCCUCUACCCCAUCAAGCAGCGACGGGUCUAUUUCCGUCUGCGGAACGAGGAAACGGGUGGCUUUCUGUCGGUUCCGGAGGACGUGGAGGACAUGAAGGCCGGGAGGGUGGUGGUCUCCGAGCUGCAGGACAAGAGCAGCUUCGUCUGGUACUACGAGGAGGGACUCCUCAAGAACCAGGCGGCCCCCACGAUGAGCUUGCAGGUGAUCGGGCCGCCCAGCCAGGGCUCCAAGGUGGUGCUGUGGGCGGAUAGCCGUAUGCCCCGCCAGACCUGGACCAUCGAGGCCGGCGGCCGCGUCUCCAGCCAGAUGUUCCAGGACAAGAUCCUGGAUGUCAAAGGGGGCCGGACCUUCGACCGAGACCACGCGGUGCUGUGGGACGCCAGCGACGAGAGGCCGUCUCAGAUCUGGGAUGUCCAAGUCCUCUGAGGCCCGGACCAAGUCGCCCCCCUCUCUUCUUUCCCGGCCCCCCGGCCCCGUCCGGUGUGGGACCCCGGAGAGCCUGCGGGGCCGCCUGUUGGCAGGGGGGAGGGAAGGCCCAGGCGGUCACGGGGUGAAGGUGGUCCCCCUCUAGCUGCCGCAGCAGGGGGUCCUGCAGCGGGCUGGCCCUGGGGCCGUUUGUAUGGACGGUCGCUGCCGCCCCCGAUGUAAUAUAGGAGAUUUUCUAAGGCA